AUGAAGAAAAGAAUUAUAUUUUUUGGCUCCAUUUUUGUGUUACUUUCUUGCACCCCCGUGUCGUCUGAAAAGAUUGGCCCUCAGAAAAAGAAAAAAAAUUUAGAAGAAGAUGCUGCACAUAUGCUUAUGAAGAAGUUGGAAAAAUUAUAUAAGCUUAACGAAACGAAUAAUGGUGAAAUUUUUAACAAAGAAAUUGAAUCAUUAAAAAAACAAAUUGAGGCACUGCAACAUGGGAAAGCAAACAAUUUCGAGGGAAACAUUGGACAGCUGCUAGAAAAUGAAUCAAAAGAUGAGUUUGGUCAAAAAACCAUUUUCGGCAUGGAUGAAGACGAUCUGGACAACUACGACGCAGAUUUUAUUGGACAAGGAAAAGACAUCACUCAAGGGGAAGAAAAUCCUGAGAAUGAAGACGAGGAGAAUGGUGAAGAUGAAAAUGAAGAAAAGGUGAAAGGUGAAGAUGAAAAUGAUGAUGGUGAAACUGCUAAUGAACAGGAAGUAAUAGCAAAUAGCUAUGAACUGGGUGAUGAAUUUGGGGGAGGUGGAGAUAGCGAUAGGCCUUUAUAUUCUAGUUCAUAUACACGUACGAGUGGACAAGCAAAUCCUCCCUCUUCUCAAACCCCAUCACAGAGUUCCUCAAGUGCAGCUACUAGCGAAGUUAAUCCAGCACAAGGAACACCUCAAGACGGAUCUUCCCCUAAUGCAAACUCUGCUACACAGAGUAGUAAUGGACAGAAAGUAAACGUCAAAUAUUUAGACAAGCUAUAUGAUGAUGUUCUUAAAACGGACGAAAAAAAUCAAAUACACGUUCCUGAGUACCAUAGCAAAUAUAAUGAAUUUAGAAAAAAUUACGAAUUUACGAUGAAUGAACACGAAUAUGACAUUGUGAAAAAUUUAUUUAGUGCCUGCUUCCCUAAAAAUGGUACUCAAAAUGCUGCUUGCGCCCCCGUUGAAUUGUUUAAAAAAGUUCUGAAUAAUCCAAGUUUUCAAAAAGAAUUUGACAAUUUCAUGCAUGGUCUUUACGGAUUUGCUAAGCGUCAUAAUUAUUUGAGGGGAGAUAAAAAGGAUUCGAAUAUAUCGACCAAUUUGUUUACAAAUAUCAUAAACAUGUUGAACACAAUUGAUGUAGCGUAA